CUUCAAACGCGGGAAAUAUUAUUUCCCCUUAAUGUAGCAACCGCUAGUUCCUGUCAUAGGUGGCAGUGCUUGAUCAUCGAACCUCGUGAAAAUGGCAGACUCAAAAUUAUACGACAUUUUAGGCGUCAGUAGAUCUGCCCAAGACAAUGAAAUCAAAAAGGCAUAUUAUAAGCUUGCAAAAGAAUAUCAUCCAGACAAAAACCCAGAAGCCGGUGAAAAGUUUAAAGAAAUAAGUUUUGCCUAUGAGGUUCUAUCAAAUGCAGACAAAAGAGAGACUUAUGACAGAUAUGGUUUACAAGGACUCAAAGAAGGUGCUGGAUCCUCAGGUGGAUUCCCAGAUAUAUUUGGAGAUCUUUUUGGUGGAAUAUUUGGUGGUGGUGGCAGUCCAUUUGGCGGUGGAUUUGGUGGAAUGGGUGGACCAAGGAGAGGAAGAAGAAAAGGAGAAGACACUUAUCACCCAUUGAAGGUUACAUUAGAAGACUUGUAUAAUGGAAAGACUUCUAAAUUACAACUAAGCAAAACUACAAUAUGUACAAAAUGUAGUGGGGUUGGUGGUAAACAGGGAGCUAUGCACAGAUGCAAGACCUGUAAUGGCAGAGGUGUGAAAGUAACAUUGAGACAGCUUGGUCCUGGUAUGGUACAACAGAUGCAGUCUAUAUGUCCUGACUGUAGAGGAGAAGGAGAGACCAUUAGUGAAAAAGAUAAAUGUAAAGAAUGUAAAGGAAAGAAAGUUACACAACAGACCAAGGUGUUAGAAGUACAUGUAGAUAAAGGCAUGAAAGAUAACCAGAAAAUACCAUUCCGAGGAGAAGGUGAUCAGCUGCCUGAUAUUGAACCUGGAGAUGUGAUAAUUGUUUUACAAACUCAAGAUCAUGAAGUUUUUACAAGAGAGGGUGAAGAUCUGCUUUGUUCUUACACAUUGAGUUUAACAGAAGCUUUAUGUGGCUUCCAGUUUACAUUGAAACAGUUAGAUGGUAGAGACUUACUUAUAAAAAAUCCUCCUGGACAAGUUAUACACCCAGGAUCUGUUAAAGUUGUGAAAGGUGAAGGCAUGUCUGUGUAUAGAAAUCCAUUUGAGAAGGGAGAUUUAAUUGUAAAAUUUGAUAUCACUUUCCCACCCAAAAACUUUGCUGACCCAGAACAGUUAAAAAAACUAGAAAGCCUGUUACCUAGCAGACCAGAAAGAGAGAUACCGACAGGUGAAGAUGUAGAAGAAGUGGACUUAGUAGAAUUUGAUGAAAGUCGUGGAGGUCGUAGGAGGAAUAGAGACGCUUACAAUGAGGAUGAUGACGAUGAAGAAGGAGGACAAGGACCUAGGGUGCAAUGUGCACAUCAAUAACGAUACUUUAGUGUUAGGUUAUAAUUAGGAUGGAGUGUGAAAGAGAAGGAACGUAUGGGGGUGUGCUUAUAGAUUCUGACGAACAACUUUUUUUUACAAGUGAAAUUACAGCAAGAAAAUUUCCGUAUCACAGACAUGAUUAUGAUUUUAUAUUUUGUUUAGUUAGGAUCUGCAAUAUCUACAUUGUGUAAGAACAGAUAUUUUAGCCAACACAUUCUCUUAAUGACUUGCACAUUUUAUAUUUUUUAUGAAAAUGUGUAUAAGUGUUCUAAAAUGAAGUCAACAGAAUAUUUUUAUAGCUGUUAUAUGUUGUCUGUAGAAACUACACAUUUAUACUUUUUAUUGGGUAAUAAAUAUCUGAAUGCUGGAUUUUAUGUAUUCUACCAGAAUGAAAAAUCAAACUUCUGAAUUUUGUUAUAUAAAGUUUAAAUGAAGAAUGGCUAAUAUCAAAUAUAAAUGUUUAAAUUGACAGAUAGAUAAUAGCUCUUAUUGAAACCCAAAAAACUUAUAUUAAAAGAGACUCAUUCUUUUUAUUGUUAUAUUACCUUUGCAGAUAUAAACACAAGCCAAUAUACAGCUGGUAUCUAUAAGGUGUAUAAUAUGACAGAUACUUGUAUAGUAAUUUUAUUUAUUAUGUAGUUAGCUCAUGGUUAUGUUAACAGCUUUCCUUAUUUUAUUUGUGAUGUAGCUCAUUUAUUAAAGUACAGAGCAUUGUUUUCAUAAGCAUUUGUCUAGCUUAAAUUAAAAAAUGUUGAAAUAAAUGAUCAUAUUUAUAAACCGAACAAUAAAAAGUUUUCUGUGUUUUCUUUUUGUACUGUCCAUAUUUUUCCUUGUCAGAAAGGCAAGGUUCAAUGAAAACUUGUUAGGUACUUGUGGUAAGCAGACUGUUCAAUAAAAACUUGUUAGGAACUUGUGAUGGGCAGACUGUUCAAUGAAAACUUGUUAGGAACUUGUGAUAAGCAGACUGUUCAAUGAAAACUUGUUAAGUACCUGUGGCAGGCACUUGAAAAAUGUCAAAAUUGUAAACUAAUUAGUUUUCAUUGAACAAGUAUAAUUAAACAUCAGAAGUAGAACAAUUGUCAAAUUCAAGAGUUUCAUUUCUGGAACAAUGUAUGUAACAGAUAUCUUUUUUUAAUCCUUGUAAAUAAAAAGGAGUCUUUAUGUUUUGUGUUGUAUGUGACAUUGAGUUAGGUUAAGAUUUAAAAGAAAUGCCUUCUGGAAAAUCAUACACUAUGCCUUAUUUAGACAGAUUUUCCAGGCAUUUAAUGACAUUUGUUUUAAAGACUGAAUUUAGUGUUUGUAUUUUAAUUCAGAUGCAUCUGAAAUUUAGCUGUCUCAUUGACAUUAACUAUAUGUCACAGUAUGCUUUUCAUCUCAUGAAUGGUCUAUAUAUAAAUAAUAAAAACACUAAUAUUUUUUGGAAUGAGCAGGGAAAAGUGAGAAAUUUCAAUUUCUGUUAAAAAAAAGUUUGAUAGCAUAUCUCUUUUCAUCUGUUGUAAAUUUUAAGUCUUAAGAUAUUUAAAGGAAUUUUGAUACAUUUUCACUACAUGUCAUUUUGAAAAAGCAUACAGUUUAUCAUUGCUUUUUAGAGAUCAGUAUGGGUAAACAUUACUGUUAAAUUUUGCCAAUUUUUUGUUCCCAUACACUACCAAAAGUUUUUUAAAAACUGAUGUUGUUUUUUUUUUGGUUAAAGCAUGACUUCUUUUUUCACCUGUCUAAACUAUUGCUACAAAAAUCUAUUGGAGGCCCUAUCAUUUACAUAUAUUGACAUAUCAUUCAGUGGGAUAUUCCUAUUCAAAUGAAUGCAACUGUUACAAGAUCUGGACAAAUGUGAAGCAUUUCAAAUUCCCUUAGAUUGGUGAUUUUUCAUAUGGAAUUAUCGUGAUCCUUGAUAAUUCACCCAGUUUUAACUUGUUCAAAGUAAAUGUUCCUGUAAGAAAACAUUUUGUUGGUAUAUUCAUACUGCUUCUGGUUGGAAGUUUCAUGACUGGGUUUAAUUAUUUAUUCUACAGUAAUGUCAACAUACAAUCUGAUGAAUGAACUUUAGGAUCAUUAUUAUAUGGAUUUAACCACCAGUUCCUAUUUCCUGGUCUACUUUAUAUUCAUAUUAUAUACUUGUCAAGUGGUUUUAUUCCAGUGGAGUGAACAAAAUAUCUUGAGGAAUUUUUCAGUAAAAGAUCAGAAUUAAAAUUUUAUAACAUUGUUCCUUCCUUAUUAUUGUGUAGGGUGUUUGUCAACAAAAUAUUUUUUGGAAGCCAUGUUCAAAUUUUAUAAGGAAAUCUAGUUUUACCCCUAAAAAAUCACAUUUGGAUUGAUUAGAAAUUAUGAACAUUAUAAGUUUUACCCUUAUAUUUGUUCUUAUUUUAUUGUGUCCAAUUUGUAACUUGUAUGCUGUAGGUUCAUUGGCACUGAUUUUGUUUUGCCCAAAUUGUUACACUUUACCAUUAAAACUUGUAGUUGA